AUGACUGAAUCCAAGAUUCCAACUACUAGUGUGUACAAAAAUUGUGAUUUUAAGGAUUUGUGUACUAAACGCAGUUCCAUUAAAGGACAAAUCACCAAGUUUAAAAAUUAUUUAGAUACAAUUACAAGACAGCCUAAACUGACUACUAUCGAAUUAACAGAGCUAUCAUUAAAGGUUAAUAAGUUCGAAAGUCUGUCAGUUAAAUAUGAUGAGUUGCAAACUCAAAUUGAAUUAAUCAAUGUGGAAAAUUUAGAUUCUGAGAUUGAUGAGCGUGAGUGCAUUGAGCAGGAAUUUAUAUUAUGCUUAGCUACUGCCAAAAACAUCAUAGAGGAUCAAAACCAGUUAAAAACAAUAGAACAAGAUAAAGCGCGCCGUGAAUCUUUGUUUCAAGAAGCUCAAUGCAGUCUCGAUCAGAAUGAGUUUCGGGUGAAGCUACCGCAGCUAAACAUUGCGAAAUACGAUGGGACCUUUUUUCGUAACUUGCCAAGGGUUUCAGUUAGUAUAAAUUUACCAGCGCAUAUUAAACUAGCAGACCCGACCUUUGACCAGUCAGGCCCCAUCGAUAUGUUGAUUGGAGCUGAUCUUUUUUGGGACGUUAUAUUGUGCGAACAAACCUCAUUAGGAUCAAACAAACCAAAACUUCAUAAUUCUGUAUUUGGCUGGCUGAUUGGCGGUCCUAUGAAAACAUGUAAACAUAAUGAGAUUCAUUGUAAUAGUGUAGUUGUCGACAAAUCAUCACUUAAAGAAACAGAUAUUGAUUUUCAACUAUCAAAAUUCUGGGAGCUGGAGGAGCUUCCCCAAAGGCGUUCCUUGAGUGCAACAGAAGUUGCUACUGAGGAUCAUUUUCUGACACACACACUCCGUCUUAAUACUGGUAGGUUUUCCGUAAAAUUGCCACUUAGAGAUUCACCUGAUUGUUUAGGUGACUCACAUGGUCUUGCUAAGAAACGAUUUAUCAAUCUCGAAAGACGUUUCAGGAAGAAUCCAUCAUUAAAAUUAGAAUAUGUCGAAUUCAUAAGAGAAUAUGAAGCUUUAGGUCAUCUUUCGGAAUCACCUGUUUAUCUGCCAAACCCAUCAUAUUUUUUGUGCCAUCACGCGGUUUUCAAAAUGCAAAGUGAAUCGACUAAAAUUAGAGUCGUUUUCGAUGGCUCUGCACCCUCUUCAUCGGGAUUCUCACUCAAUGACCUACAGAUGAUUGGUCCUAACAUACAGGAUUCUCUUUUCUCUAUCUUAGUUCGUGCACGACAGUACAAAUAUCUGCUCACCGGCGAUAUAGAAAAAAUGUACCGACAGGUGAAAGUCAAUCCGGAUGACAGAAACCUGCAGUUGAUAUUAUGGAGAGAAGAUGAGUCAUUACCAAUUAAAACGAUGCAACUAAAUACUGUCACUUACGGUACCGCAAGUGCCAGCUAUUUAAGUACGCGAUGUCUAUGGCAAAUUGGGGAGGAAUGUACCGAUGAUGUAAUUAAAACAAUAAUUCAAAGGGAUUUCUACGUAGAUGACUUAAUAACGGGUUCAAAUGAUAAGAAGCAAUUAUAUUACAUUCAAAAUUCAGUAGCUAAAGAGUUAAGUAAAGGUUGCUUUAAGUUACGUAAGUAUAAAUCUAACCUACCAGAUGUUAUUCAUAGUUCUUCAAAAUUCUCUCAAGACAACCUUACUAUCAGUGAGACGUCAAGUACUCUCGGUCUAGGUUGGAAUCCUAAUAAUGAUACUUUACAUUUCCCUAUAAAUGUACCUUUACCUAAUGAAAUUAUUACAAAACGUUUUAUCAUGUCUAAUGCAUUUAAAAUCUUCGAUCCCUUGGGAAUUUUGAGCCCUUCUAUAAUGCAACCAAAGCUAAUACUUCAAAAAUUGUGGCAAUUAAAGGUUGGCUGGGAUCAACCCGUUCCUGAGAAAAUUAAGGCCGAAUGGGAGGAAUUUACUAAAGGGUUAUCAAUUCUUUCCACUUUGCAAAUUCCUAGAUAUGUCGGAUGUGUCACUCCAACAUUCAUUGAAAUUCAUACUUUUAGUGAUGCAUCACAGGUAGGAUAUGGUGCAUGUGUGUACGUAAAAUGUAUAGGUGUUAACGGUGAAGUAACUAUUAAUUUAUUGUGCUCAAAAUCAAAAGUAGCCCCAUUAAAACCAACAUCAAUACCUCGGCUGGAACUCUGUGCGGCUCUUCUUGCAGCUCGAUUAUCUAAGACAGUUACAGAAUCAAUUCGGUACACUCCUAAUCGAAUGUUGCAUUGGUGCGAUUCCAGUGUCGUGUUAGGGUGGUUGAAGGGAGACCCUUCAAGGUUAAAGACUUUUGUCGCCAACAGAAUAGGUGAAAUUCUAGAACUUUCACAAUCCUCUUCUUGGCGUUAUGUGCCUACUGCAGAAAAUCCUGCUGAUUUAAUUUCACGUGGUGUGAGCGCCAGUCAGCUACGUAAUACAGAUAUGUGGUGGAAGGGACCUAAUUUUUUACUAAAGGAUGAAGAUGAUUGGCCAGUCUUGAAACAUAACAAUAUUAAUAAUUUACCUGAACUAAAACUCGUGGCUGCUUCAAUCGACGUGGGCGCAUAA